CAAUCAGAGCGCACGCUGAUGGAAGGCAGUGGGGUUUGAGGCACACCGGGUCUACAUGAGUGUCUGGAGGAUAUUGUGAGGUUUACGAAUGAUGUAAAGAAGGGUUGACUUUUAUGUGGUUCUUUUUUUUCGUUUCACAGAUCCCUGGAUGUACAUUUUCUUCGUUUGGAAUACAUUUUUUAUACAGGCAAUGUUAUUGACUUGAUGGUGGAUCCAGUUCAACUUUUCCUCGUUCUCCGACAUUUCUCAAUGCAUCACCUUUUAGACCGACGGUUUUAUGGACUUCUGUAUUAGCUAAUGAUGUCUAUAGGUUUCAUGCCUGAUAGUUUGAAUUCUUCAGAUCCCUCCAAAUCGACCUUUUUCGAGUUUGGGCACGGGCACCCUGCGCACCAGCAGCAUUCCCAAGGACACUCUCACAUCUACCCCGUUAGUGGUUUACAAUCUGCCGGACACUCUCAACACGGUAGUCCCUUCUCCCACGGCGCGUCCUCCUAUGGCCGCUACGCCUACCCCAGAGCGGUGAACACUCAUCACCCGAGUGCCUACAUGCCCUACCAGCACAACAAUCACAGUUUGGCGCACUCCAGAUUAGAUGAGACAGACCAUGAGAAGUCUACAGUGAUUGAGAACGGGGAAAUUCGUUUGAAUGGUAAAGGAAAGAAAAUACGCAAACCACGGACCAUCUACUCCAGUCUUCAGCUACAGGCACUCCAACAUAGGUUUCAGCAGACCCAGUACCUGGCUUUACCCGAGCGCGCAGAUUUGGCGGCUAAAUUAGGGCUGACCCAAACACAGAUUAAAAUAUGGUUUCAAAACAAGCGCUCGAAAUAUAAGAAGAUACUGAAGCAUGGCAGCGGGCCAGAGGGGGAACAUCUCCACAGUACGUCAUCUAUUUCUCCUUGUUCACCCGGGAUGCCUCAACUUUGGGAGGUGUCAAUGGCGAACAAAGGGACCCCUACGCACCCCAACAAUUACAUGAACAAUUUUGGUCACUGGUACCCAAACCAUCUCCAGGAUCCUGUGUCCAGACCUCAAAUGAUGUAAGCAGACCAUCUCAACACACUGCACGGUGCUGUAAAACUCACCCGGCCAUUUCUAACUUUUCAAGGGCCUCAAGGCUAUAUCUGCCUACCCCACACCCGAACACGUCUCAUCUAGCCUAUCAAGUUUGAUUUACGUGUUUAAUUCAUGUCAAUUGUCUUUUUUUCUUUCAUUGCAAUGUAGCCUAUGUUUUUGGAUGACGAUUUGUAUUUCCUGUGUCCACUUUACACACUGCUCUUAAUUUUUGGAAUGGCUUUGGUGAGAAAUGUGCUGUCAGGUGGCAACAUGCUUAUGGUUUGAUUCCAGCAAGGGACAUGCACCUGAAUAUGUGUGUCAAUUGGUUAUGACCGUAUUAUUAAUGUGACUAACAGUAGUGUUCCCAGGCAGUCCACGUUUGGAUAGCUUCGUCACAGCAAAUAUGAAUUUAUUGUGCAUAUACAUUUCAGAAUGGUUUGAUAUGCACUGAUGGAUCUCAGCGUCUAUUAUUGUGAAGGUGUCAAUAGUUAUUGAUCGUUUUUAAAGUGCUUUGUUUGAUAUACAGUGCCUUCAGAAAGUAUUCACACCCCUUUACCUUUUUCCACGUGUUGUUGUGUUACAGCCUGAAUUUACAAUGGAUCUCAAUUGGGAUUGUGUGUCCCUGGCCUUACACGCAAUAUCUCAUAGUGUCAAAGUGGAAUUUUGUUUGUAGAAAAAUGUUGAAGGUGUAUUAAACAUUUAAAGCUGAAAAGUCUUGAGUCAAUAAGUAUUCAACUCAUUUGUUAUGGCAAGCCUAAAUAAGCACAGGAGUAAAAUGUGGUUAACAAAUUGUAUCGUAAGUUGCAGGGACUCAUUCCUUGUUCAAUAAUAGUGGUUAACAUGAGUUUUGAAUAACUACCCCAUCUCUGUACCUUUAAUCGAGUAGUGAAUUUCAAGCACAGAUUCAACAACAAAGGCCAGGGAGGUUAUUCAAUGCCUGGCAAAGAUUGAAUAACUUUGCCUAUUGGUAGAUGGGUAAAAAAAAGAAAAAAUCAGACACUAAAUAUCCCAUUGAGUAUGUUGACGUUAUUAAUUAGACUUUGGAUGGUGUAUCAAUACACCUAGUCACUACAAAGAUACAGGCGUCCUUCCUAACUCAGUUGCCGGAGAGGAAGGAAAACGCUCAGGGAUUUCACCAUGAGGCCAAUGGUGACUUUACAACCUCUUAAGGAUCCAACCCUUUUUUCAAUUUUCACCUAAAAUGACAUCCAAAUCUAACUGCCUGUAGCUCAGGACCUGAAGCAAGAAUUUGCAUAUUUGAAGUUUGUGGAAAUGUGAAAUUAAUGUAGUAGAAUACAACACAUUAGAUCUGGUAAAAGAUAAUACAAAGAAAAAAACAUGCAUUUUCUUGUGCCAUAAUAUAUUAUUCCAGCCCAGGUGCAAUUUAGACUUUGGCCACUAGAGAGCAGAAGUGUAUGUUCAAAGUUGUAUACUGAUCCAAUGAACCAUGCACAUCUAUUCAAAAUGUCGUAUCAAGACUGCCCAAAUGUGCCUAAUUGGUUUAUUCAUACAUUUUCCAGUUCAUAGUCGUUCACUCUCCUCAAGCAUUAGCAUGGUAUUAUUUCACUGUAAGAGCUACUGUAAAUUGGACAGUGCAGUUAGCUUAAAUUCUUAUUAAUCUUUCUGCCCAUAUCAGAUAUGUCUAUGUACUGGGAUUUUUUUGUUUCUUACAACCUCAUGCUAAUCACAUAGCCUACAUUAGCUCAACUGCCCCGCGGGGGGGCACUGAUCCUGUAAAGGUUUAAAUCAGUUACAAUGUUUAAUGGCUGUGAUAGGAGAAAACUUAAGAUGGAUCAAUAACAUUGUAGUUACUCCACAAUACUAAUCGAAAUGACUCGGUGAAAAGAAGGACGCAUGUACAGAAUAAAAAUCUUCCAAAUCACACAUUCUGUUUGCAAUGAGGCACUAAAAUAAAACUGCAACAAAGAAAUGUGGCAAAGAAAUUAACUUUAUGUCCUGAGUACCUCUCUUCAUAUUUUCAAGCGUGAUGGUGGUUGCAUCAUGUUAUGGGUAUGCUUGUCAUCAGCAAGAACUUGGAUGUUGUUUUUUUAAAUAAAAUGAAAUGGAAUAGAGCUAAGCACAUGCACACUGGGAGACAAAUGGACCUUUCAGAGGGUCAAUAAACUAAAACACAAGGCCAAAUAUACACUGGAGUUGCUUAUCAAAACAACAUUGAAUGUUCCUGAGUGGCUUAGUUACGGUUUUGACUUAAAUGAUCUUGAAAAUCUAUGGAAAGACUUGAAAAUGGCUGUCUAGCAAUGAUCAACAACCAACUUGAUAGCGCUUGAAGAAUUUGAAAAAGAAUAAUGUGCAAAUAUUGUGCAGGUGUGCAAAGCUUCUAGAGACUUACCCAGAAAGACUCAGCUUUCAUUGCUUCCAAAAGUGAUUCUAACUUGUAUUGACUCAGGGGUGUGAAUACUUAGGGCUAUGUGAAUUAGAUAUUUCUGUGUUUCAUUUUCAAUACACAUUUCUAAAAACCUGUUUUCACUUUGUCAUUAGGGGAUAUUGUGUGUAGAUGGGUGGGAAUGAUUAGUUUGAUCCAUUUUGAAAUCUGUCUGUAACACAGCAACAUGUGGAAUAAAUUAAGGGGAAUGAAUCAUUUCUGCAUGGUGAAAAUAUGAAAAUGUAAUUUAAUCAAAUGCAUGAGUAGACCUAUAAUCACUUAUUGCAAUUAAAAUAAAUCACCCGCAAGCCAAUGUGGGGUGAUACUAUUA